ACAUUGGACUACUUUAACUUUUAUGUCUGACUUUGGGGUGGAUAUAAUGGAAUGAUAAAUGCUCUUCUUCCCUCUAGCCACCAUCUCUCAGUCCUUCCAUCCUCCCUCACAUCUGCCCUAACUCGGGCUUGCCAACGCCACUCGGGUCAAGACUGCAGCAACCAUUCAAUUAACAAACCCCUGGAAUCUGACUCGCGUUCGGGCAGGCGUCCAGAAAAACCGCGCCCGCUUGGGUGGACGAAUCAGAUUUCUCUGCUCUUGCCACUGAGGACCCUUCUGUGUUUUUCGAUCCAGAAUGCUGAGAAGACCAUGAAUCCAUCAGGUCAUCUGAGACAUCCACGUGUCUUUGCCGCUGUCCUUCCCCGACGGCCCUCCUGUCCCACUGGGGCACCAUCUGCCUCCCAAAGCUCGCCCCUUGGUCCCUCCCCCCUCCCCUGCCCCCAGUAGUGGCCGUCCCAGAGGAGAAAGGCGAGCCAGCCCCCUGUAAAUAUGCCUGGAUGGAGGUCUCAGUGGCGUCUCGUCCUGCUGAACUCCCUGACCUGUGGCCUGGAGAUCUGUGUGGCAGCUGGGAUCACAUACGUGCCCCCGCUGCUGCUGGAGGCUGGGGUGGAGGAGCGCUACAUGACCAUGGUUCUAGGUAUUGGUCCGGUGCUCGGCCUCUUGUUCAUCCCUCUGAUUGGCUCAGCCAGUGACCACUGCAACAGCAGUUAUGGCAGACGACGGCCGUUCAUCUGGCUGCUGUCUCUUGGAGUCCUUCUGGCGCUUGUCAUCAUUCCCCAUGCUGACGUGCUGGCUGCACGCCUUGCCUGGGGUGGGCGCACCUUUCAGGUGGGCUUCCUUAUCCUCGGGGUGGGGCUCCUUGACUUUUGUGGACAAGUUUGCUUCACGCCCUUGGAGGCUCUUUUGUCGGACCUGUAUCGGGACGAGGAGGACUGCGGCCAAGCCUUUGCCAUGUUCUCCUUCAUGGUCAGUUUGGGAGGCUGUGUGGGUUAUUUGCUGCCUGCACUGGACUGGAGUAGUGGGGUGCUCUCCGUUUACCUGGGGGGCCAGGCCGAGUGCCUCUUCUCCCUCCUCAUCCUCAUCUUCAUCUCCAGCGUGCUCAUCACCAUGAAGGUGUCUGAGGAACCGUCGUGUGCCAGCAGUAGCUCGGCCGGACCUGGAUCUUUACUGGACACGGGCGCUGGCGCGAUGGAGGCGGGUCGUUGCGGGGUGCCGCGCUCAUGCUGCUAUCUGCUGAAGUGCAAGCUGAGGCUGCUGAAGUCUGGACCCCUGCUGUGCCUGCUGAGGACUUGCUGGUCCAUGACCCCGGCCAUCUACAGGAGCUACUGCCACGUCCCGAGGGUGAUGAGGCAGCUGUGUGUGGCCCAGCUCUGCAGCUGGAUGGCCGUCAUGUCCUUUAUGCUUUUCUACACAGACUUUGUGGGGGAGGGCCUGUACGAGGGCGUGCCCAGUGCGUUACCAGGAAGUGUGUCCAAGCAAAGAUACGAUGAAGGUAUCCGUAUGGGCAGCCUGGGCCUGUUCCUGCAGUGUGCUACCUCAACCUUCUUCUCCCUGAUCAUGAGUCGCCUGGUUCGCCAUUUUGGCUCCCGGUGGGUCUACCUGAGCAGCAUGGUGAGCUUCACGGUCUCUGCGUCCGUCAUCUGUCUCUCCAAAAGUGUGGUCCUGGUCACCGUGAUGGCCGCUCUUACUGGCUACGCGUACGCCACGCUGCAGACUCUGCCCUACACACUGACCUGCCACUACCACAAGGAAAAAGAGGUCUAUAUGCCAAAAACCAAAACCAAAAGCACGCUUAAAAAUGGGAUUGCAGCCAACCGGGACUCAGUGUAUUUGACUCCAGCUGAAGGGGAGGAUGGACUGAAGAACAAAACAGGGACUCCCUACGGACAAGCCUUCUUCAACCAGAACGGCUACGAGUACCUCCCGAGUCCGCUCAGCGCGAACGGCUCUGCUCACAGCCCCGGCGUCACUGAGCAGGAGGAGGCGGAGUCUGGGUUUGAGAAACGUGGCGUGGGUUUGGACUUUGCCAUUUUAGACAGCACCUUCCUGCUCUCUCAGGUGUUCCCCACCCUCUUCAUGGGCAUGAUCGUUCAGUUCGCUCAGAGCGUCACCGCCUAUAUCGCCUGCUCUGCCAUCUUCGGGGCCGUCGCCAUCUACUUGGCCAGACAAAUCAUCUUCGACCAAAAGGACCUCCUCAGGAGCCGAGACUUCAGUGGAUAAGAUGUGUGAGAGAUGGGAUUACAAAUAAUCAAUCAAUACUGUUUCCAGAAUGCCUUGUUCCAGAUCUGAACGCUCUGCGUUGGGGAGGUGUGUGUGUGUGUGUGUUGAAGCGGGUGGUGUGUGAUCAUCUCUCACAACUUUCUGUUGGGUUUCUUUUUUUCCUCAGGUACCAAAAACAGAUUUACUGUAAAACUCAUCAACCUCAUUAACAUUUAGGGGGUUCUUUAUAUAAUGAUCUUAUCCUGAGCUAUCCACAAAGUACGCUCUGUUUGUACUCAAGCAAAGAAGUAACAUCUGUUUUUUACUUCCUCUGCAGCAUCAACAAUCAUAUCUGAACACUGGUCAUCAUCGGUGUGACAGGCUUGUCUUUCUUAACGUGUGAAUGGAUAGGUGAAUCAAUUAUUUCUGCCUAUUCCCUUCUAAUUCUACUUCAUGUAGGGGUAAAAAAAAAAAAAGGGUGACUCCAGGCAGCUCCGUAAGAUAAGGAGACAUGAAGACCUUAAAAAAAAGAUUAAAAUUUUAUGUUUCUUUAAGUCCUUAGAGGAGGUCAAACUUUUAUCUUAAAUCUUAAAUGUUACAAGAUACAACUCAGUGUCAUCUUUUAAUUAAACACCCUUUAAGUGCCAUUCAAACUAAACUCCAUGCCCUCCGUUUGCUCCUUGAGAUAUUUUAAAGAGGACAUAUUAUCCCCCUUUUCUAACUUUUCAAACAGUCCCCUGUGGUCUAAAUGAAACAUCUGUGCUGUGCUUUGGUCAAAAUAUAACAUGAAUCAAGCACCAGAGGAGGUUUGUGACCCUGUAUAAACCAGCUCUCUCAGAACGCUCCGUUUUGGUGUGUGUGUCUCUUUAAAUGCAAUGAGAGAAUGAGAAUUUUGUACGCAUACCCCUUUAAAUCCAGUUGUACUCUGACAUUGGGUCCCAUUUAAUGUGCCCCCCCCCCCCCCCAUCAGUCAUCCAGUUUCAAUGUAAAUAUUUUAAAACAUGGUUAGUGGUUAUCCCUAUGGGAAUAUUUUAUGCAACCCAUUGAGGUGAGGUCAUUGCCUGUGGUGGUCUACAAAUGAAGGGUUCUACUGGAAGUGGGUAAAAUGUCAUCAAGCGUCCUCUGUCUGGAUAGUCGAGAGUUGUCUGGUGAAGUGCUCACUCUUCCCGACUACGACCCUGGUCUCAGGUUAGCCCGUUGUCCUUAUGCCACUGAUAUACACUCCCUGCUGCCUAAGUCGUCAUGUUUAACUGUAUGUUUGAAUGACAAUCUCCAACAUCCAGAUAUGUAAUGCUCUACGUAUGUGAACGUGUGUGUGUCAAUCUGAGUGUGUGUGUGUGUGUGUGUGUGAAAGAGAGUGUGUGAGAAAGAGAGAGAGUGUGUGUGUGUGUGCAUACAUAAUGUGUUGAGCACAGUAAAAGCAUGACUCAUAUUUACAUGCAGGGCUGAUAAACCUUAAUGAGUUUGUGCAGAUUAUAAACUGUAUUGACUUUAACGUGGCUCAUGUGUUGCUGUAUGUUUGCUAUGUAUUGUGUGCGUCCUUCAGUUGGACUCUUAUAAAAAUGGCGACGCGGUGUCAACGCAGCUCGUUUUCAAUCAGUUCAGGAGUUCAUAUGAGCGUUUUGUAUCCAGGUUGUGUGAGCCCCCCUGAGAGGGGAUAAAUGAUGUUCAGUGGAUACAAACAGUCCUGACGGAUCUUAUUCCCCGAGGUGUUCAGCAGAGGAUUUGUUUGUCAUGUUGACACUGCUGCAAAAGAGGAACACUCUAGCUACUAAAUUGUCCUUUUAAUCCCUUAAAGUGUCGAGCAGAUAGCUGAAAAAGUGCCUGUACAUUUUUCAAAACAAAUUUUGUACAUAUGUGUUUAUUUAUUACGCUUUUAUUACGGAAUAGCUCGACUUAAACUACCGACCCCUUUGGCAUCUUUCACAGGUGCGAGGGUGAAGGCUGUUUCUGUGAAUAAGAUAAAUUAUUUGUAUAGAUGUGGUGUAAAAAGCAUCAUCGAAAACUGUAAUUUAUUUUAACAUUACCCACUUUUAUCCUGUAGCUUUUGGUUACAUCACAGAGUCCGUGCCUGAUAGCGAUAGGUAUCAGAUGAGAAAGCUGAACGUUAUCAGAUUUCCCCUUGUGGUUGCACACCCUGCAUCAGCUUAAAACUUUAUUUCUGUAACACAACUGAGAUUCUGUGUGAUUCCCUUACUGAUGCAGCUUGUGCGUUUAAGUAGCCUCUUCAUUUCGUCAAUACUGCUUUAUUUGGGUUUUACAUAACCGCUCUGUUUGAUUUUUAAACUGCAGAUUUCUUUGAACUGAGCGGAUUGUUUCGCUUUCAACCAAAUCUCCUAAUCAGAUACUAAAGUGCCAGUGUCCCAACAACUGUUGUGUCCCAACUUGACUGAUCCUUUAAGUUUUUGUCAUUUUUCCACAGAUGCAUUCAUCCAUAAUAAACAGUUGUGUUGUAUUUUUCAUUUGAAAUCCAUCAGUUUGUGUAUGAAUAUGCAGUUACCAAAUAGAUUUUAUACAAAUUAAAGAACUGCAUUGAUA